UCUCUCUAAUCAAUUUUCCUAGAGAGAGAAACAAAACAGGACAAGAAGCCGUUCCGAGUCACUUUCCCAAAGUCCUUUUUCGACCUCUGUUUCUCCAACUUCAUUACAUCUUGCUCAACAAGUUGCUUCCCAAGGAAGUUCCUAGUCUUUUUCUAUAUAAAUAAUAAAAAUAAACGAACCCAGAGAAGACUGCCACUUCACUGUCCGUUUUUGUCUCUUCGCAUUCAAACCCACCACUCAAAAAAGGAAACAUUUUUAUAUUUUUUCCACUCUCUGCAGCUUGGCCCCGCUUUCCCUUCUCUGCGCGAUAAGCGAUUGUGUGGCGUUUGGGUUUUUUAUAAAACUUGUUUCACGGUGUUCUUUACGAUUUCUUGUCCGUUUCUGAAAAUGGUGACCACCGGCGAUCUUUGUCAAAGAAAGAGGGGAUUUCAGGGAGUGGAGAGAGAAGCUAUGGAGCCAGUGAAUAUGGAUAUGGAAAGAGCCCAGCAACUAUCUGCUGAUCCUCUCCCAUUUGCCAGAAGUUACCAGCUUGAAGCAUUGGAGAGUGGAAUUAAGCAGAACACAAUAGUGUUCUUGGAGACUGGUUCUGGCAAGACGUUGAUUGCCAUCAUGCUUCUCCGGAGUUAUGCCCAUCUUCUGCGAAAGCCUUCUCCAUUUAUUUCGGUUUUCUUAGUCCCCCAAGUUGUCCUGGUCCCUCAGCAAGCUAAGGCUUUGGAGAUGCACACCGACUUGAAAGUUGGAACAUAUUGGGGAGAGAAGGGAGUUGACAACUGGGAUGCUAAUAUGUGGAAUGUAGAACUUGAAAAACAUGAGGUGCUUGUCAUGACACCGCAAAUUUUACUUAAUAAUUUAAGGCACAGCUUCUUCAAACUGAGUAUGAUAAAGGUUUUGAUAGUUGAUGAGUGCCAUCAUGCCAGGGGCAAUCACCCAUAUGCUAGCAUUAUGUCGGAAUUCUAUCAUCGUCAGUUACGUUCCGGUGUAACUGAUCUUCCAAGAAUAUUUGGAAUGACUGCUUCCCCCAUAAAAUCCAAAGUUGGAAAAGCAGAAAUUGCGUUUUGGGUGCAUAUUCAAGAACUGGAGACACUCAUGAACUCCAAGGUGUAUACGUGUGCUAGUGAAUCUGUUAUUGCGGAGUUUAUACCUAUAUCGACUCCAAAAUUUAGAUAUUAUAGACACGAGGAAAUCACCGAUGAUUGUUUUGUCUCUUUGGCAGAUCAGCUGAAGAGUCUACAAGAAAAGCACGAAUUAUCACUGGAAAAGUUAGAUCUCGACAAAUCUGCAGCUGAAUCUAUAAGCAAAAAACUAAUGAAGGUUUAUUCUGCUUUACUAUUUUGUUUGGAUGAACUUGGUGUUUGGCUGGCCAUGAAGGCUGCUCUCUCCUUUUCAUGCAAUGAAAUUGAAUUUUUAUCAUGGGGCAAAGUGGAUGUGUUUGGUGAGGCAAUUGUCAAGAAGUUCAGUUUGGAUGCCUUUAAUGCCUUUAAAAAUUCCUUACCCACUGAUCCAAACUGGUCAAUUAUCAAUGACGUCAAACUAAAUAUGAGCACGGGUCUUCUAACUGCGAAAGUUUUUUGCCUAAUUGAACUACUUCUUGAGUACAGGCACUUAAAGGAUUUAAGAUGUAUUGUUUUUGUGCAAAGGAUCGUGACUGCUGUUGUUAUUCAAUCCUUAUUGAGUGAAUUGCUUCCCAAACGUAUUAACUGGAAGGCGAAAUAUAUUGCUGGAAGUAGCAACAACAUGCAGUCACAAACCAGAAAAAAACAAAAUGAAAUAGUUGGAGAAUUCCGGGAAGGCGUGGUGAACAUAAUUGUAGCAACAUCUAUUCUUGAAGAGGGUUUAGAUGUUCAAAGUUGCAAUUUGGUUGUUCGCUUUGAUCCUUCUUCCACUGUAUGUAGUUUUAUACAGUCUAGAGGCCGUGCUAGGAAGAAGAAUUCAGACUAUGUACUAAUGAUAGAGAGUGGGGAUCACAGUACACAAUCUCGAUUGAAGAACUAUCUUGCUAGCGGAGAAAUCAUGAGAAAGGAGUCGUUACGCCAUGCUUCCCUUCCCUGCGAACCUCUUGAUAGUGACUUGCAAGAAGGGGACUUUUAUUGCGUUGAAAGCACCGGAGCUAUUAUGACUCUCAGCUCUAGCAUUAAUUUAAUAUAUUUUUAUUGCUCAAGGCUCCCUUCUGAUGGCUAUUUUAAACCUACCCCAAGGUGGGAUCUCAACACUGGCACCCUCUACCUGCCCAAAAGCUGUCCAAUACAAGCUGUUUCUGCGGAAGGAAAUCCAAAGAUUCUUAAGCAGAUUGCAUGUCUUGAAGCAUGCAAGCAACUUCAUCAGAUUGGUGCAUUAACUGAUAAUCUCGUCCCAGAUAUUGUUGUGGAAGAAGACAAUGCAAAAGAGCUUGCGAGUCAGCCGUAUAAAGACGAACAACCCAGUUAUGUACCUUCUGAAAUGGUUGGUUCUUUUGGCCCUGCUGAUGCCGGAGUAUCUUAUCAUUGCUACCUUAUUGAGUUAAAGCAAGAUUUUGGAUAUGACGUUCCUAUUCACGACCUUGUACUUUGCAUGAGAAGUGCGCUUGAAAGUGAUCUUGCAAAUAUCCAUUUUGACUUACAAGUUGGGAGGGGCAGUGUCACAGUAAACUUAAAGAAUGUUGGAACGCUUAGUCUUAACCGGGACCAAGUAACAUGGUCUAGAAUGUUUCAAGUAACUCUCCUCAGACUUCUUGUGGAUCAUAAGUUCGAUAACUUGAGAGAAGUUCAUAGUCAGCUUUAUUUUUCAGAAACUAUUCAGAUUGAUUAUCUUCUUCUUCCUGCCAUCACCAUGAAUAAGAGGCCUUUGAUUGACUGGAAGUCUGUCACCUCUGUGUUAUUUUCAAGUGAAGAAUUUUGCAAGGAUCAUAUGAGUUGCCCUUUGCCAAAGGGUAUCUCUAGGUGCAUACAUACGAAAAAUGGUAUCGUCUGCACUUGUAUGCUCCGGAAUUCAUUGGUCUAUACCCCUCACAGUGAAAGUGUUUAUUGCGUCACUGGAAUUCUGGAAAAAAUGAAUGGAAAAUCGCGUUUAGACCUCACGGAUGGCACAUGUACCACAUACAGAAAGUACUUCAAAGAAAAGCAUGGGAUCAAUUUACAGUUUUGCAAUGAACCGCUGUUCAGAGGGAGAAGACUUUUCCGUGUGAAAAAUUAUCUCUUACACAGAGAAGCGAGGGAAAAAGAGUCUAGUAAUAUCACUGAUGAACUGCCGCCAGAGUUGUGCUAUAUUAUUAUGUCGCCCAUUUCACCAAGCACACUCUAUUCGUUUUCGUUUUUUCCAUCCAUAAUGCAUCAAAUCGAGGGUUUGCUUAUUGCUGCAAGCCUGAAAAGGAUGCAUUUGGAUCAUUGCGUGCAAAAUGUGAACAUUCCAACCGUCAAGGUGUUGGAAGCUAUCACAACCAAAAAGUGCCAAGAGAAAUUCCAUUUGGAAUCUCUAGAAACUCUUGGCGAUUCGUUUCUUAAAUAUGCCGUUGGUCAACAUCUUUUCAAAACUUAUCAGAAUAAUCACGAGGGCCUCCUUAGUGUGAAGAAGGACAAAAUAAUUUCCAAUGCUGCCCUAUGUAAAUUUGGAUGCGAGCGCAAACUUCCGGGCUUUAUUCGUGACGAGUAUUUUGAUCCUAAAAACUGGAUCAUACCAGGAGAUAGUUCGACCAACAAAGCACUACUAGAGGAUGUGCUACCGAAUGAGAAAAUAAUUUACAUCAAAGGAACGAAAAAGAUGAAAAGUAAAAGAGUUGCAGAUGUUGUUGAGGCACUUAUUGGUGCUUUCCUAAGCACUGGUGGGGAAAUCCCUGCCGUGAAAUUUAUGAAUUGGCUUGGUAUAGAGGUCGAUCUCGAGUUUAAACCAUACGAGACCCACUUCCAAGUGCAAUCUGAUAGGCUUCUUAAUAUUAAACACUUAGAGUUCCUUUUGAACUACACAUUUCGGGAUCGUUCUCUAUUGGUUGAGGCAUUAACCCAUGGUUCCUACAUGCUUCCUGAGAUUCCAAGAUGUUAUCAGAGGCUGGAAUUUCUUGGUGACGCUGUUUUGGACUAUGUCAUCACGAUGCAUUUUUAUAAUACAUAUCCUGGGAUGUCGCCGGAAAAGUUAACUGACAUGAGGUCUGCUUCUGUCAACAACGAUUGUUAUGCUUUGUCUGCCGUCAAGGCUGGAUUACAGAAGCACAUUCUUUAUACGUCACACCAGCUGCACAAGGAAAUAGCUAACACCAUAAUCAAUUUUGAGAAGCUGUCUUCAGAGUCUACAUUCGGAUGGGAGUCAGAGACAUCUUUUCCGAAGGUACUUGGAGAUGUUAUAGAGUCACUUGCUGGUGCAAUUUUUGUUGAUUCUGGAUACGACAAGGAACUUGUCUUUCAGAGUAUAAGGCCUCUAUUAGAGCCCUUGAUAACACCUGAAACUGUCAAGCUUCACCCGGCGAAAGAACUGAAUGAACUUUGCCAAAAAAUGCAUUUUGAUAUGAAGAAACCCGUCAAGUCCCGCGAAAACGGUGUGUCUUCCAUAACAAUAGAGGUUGAAGCAAAUGGAGUCACAUACAGGCACACUUCAAACGUUUCGGAUAAGAAAAUAGGAAAGAAAGUUGCCUGCAAAGAAGUUCUCGAGGCCCUGAAACGAGCCCUGAGCUUGAAGUAGAAACCAUGGAAUUCAAAGUUAUUCAGUUGACAUGCUGAAAAAAUAUGAAUUAAUAAUAAUAAAAAAAAGAAAAUCUAUAGAUGGGUGUGUAUUUAAUUUUUUGUUCACGCUUAUCAAAUGUAGUGAAGGUGUGUAUUAAUCCUAGGUGUGCACCUUUUUUUGGGAGUGUUGUAACUUGAACAAGGUUUUGAAUGUUUU